CGGGAGCGGGGCCCCGGGGGCCGGGCCGCCUGCGGGGGGGCUGUCCCCAGGGAUGGUUCCAGAUCCUUCCUUUGUCCCCAGGGAUGGUUCCAGAUCCUUCCUUUGUCCCCAGGGAUGGUCCCAGCUCCUUCCUUUGUCCCCAGGGAUGGUUCCAGAUCCUUCCUUUGUCCCCAGGGAUGGUCCCAGGGAUGGUCCCAGAUCCUUCCUUUGUCCCCAGGGAUGGUUCCAGAUCCUUCCUUUGUCCCCAGGGAUGGUCCCAGAUCCUUCCUUUGUCCCCAGGGAUGGUUCCAGAUCCUUCCUUUGUCCCCAGGGAUGGUCCCAGAUCCUUCCUUUGUCCCAGGGAUGGUUCCAGAUCCUUCCUUUGUCCCCAGGGAUGGUCCCAGGUCCUUUCCUGUCCCCAGGGAUGGUUCCAGAUCCUUCCUUGUCCCCAGGGAUGGUCCCAGAUCCUUUCCUGUCCCCAGGGAUGGUCCCAGGUCCUUCCUUUGUCCCCAGGGAUGGUCCCAGGUCCUUCCUUUGUCCCCAGGGAUGGUCCCAGAUCCUUCCUUUGUCCCCAGGGAUGGUUCCAGAUCCUUCCUUUGUCCCCAGGGAUGGUCCCAGAUCCUUCCUUUGUCCCCAGGGAUGGUCCCAGGUCCUUCCUUUGUCCCCAGGGAUGGUUCCAGAUCCUUCCUUUGUCCCCAGGGAUGGUUCCAGAUCCUUCCUUUGUCCCCAGGGAUGGUCCCAGGUCCUUCCUUUGUCCCCAGGGAUGGUCCCAGGUCCUUCCUUUGUCCCCAGGGAUGGUUCCAGAUCUUUCCUUUAUCCCCAGGGAUGGUCCCAGGUCCUUUCCUGUCCCCAGGGAUGGUCCCAGAUCCUUCCUUUGUCCCCAGGGAUGGUUCCAGAUCCUUCCUUUGUCCCCAGGGAUGGUCCCAGGUCCUUUCCUGUCCCCAGGGAUGGUCCCAGGUCCUUCCUUUGUCCCCAGGGAUGGUUCCAGAUCCUUCCUUUGUCCCCAGGGAUGGUCCCAGGUCCUUCCUUUGUCCCCCGGGAUGGUCCCAGGUCCUUUCCUGUCCCCAGGGAUGGUUCCAGAUCCUUCCUUUGUCCCCAGGGAUGGUCCCAGGUCCUUCCUUUGUCCCCCGGGAUGGUCCCAGAUCCUUUCCUGUCCCCAGGGAUGGUCCCAGAUCCUUCCUUUGUCCCCAGGGAUGGUUCCAGAUCCUUCCUUUGUCCCCAGGGAUGGUCCCAGAUCCUUUCCUGUCCCCAGGGAUGGUCCCAGGUCCUUCCUUUGUCCCCAGGGAUGGUCCCAGGUCCUUCCUUUGUCCCCAGGGAUGUUCCCAGGUGCUCCCCCAUCCCCAGGGAUGUUCCCAGGUGCUCCCCAUCCUCGUGGGAUGUUCCCAGGUCCUUUCCUUGUUCCAUGGGAUGUUCCCAGGUGCUCCCCCAUCCCCAGGGAUGUUCCCCUCCCUCCCCGGAGCCCCCAGCCCUUAGCAGGA